AUGUGCGUCUCCAGCAUGUCUCCAUCACCCGAAAGCAGUGGAGGGCACGCCUCUCGGAACCAUCAGCCAUCAGGCAGUCAACCCCUCCUUCCGAGUCCACGGCUCCAGAGGAUGCCCUUGGAUUCUGCUCAGGAGCCCAGGCAGAAUGCAGAGGAAAUGGGCCCACUGGUCAGUGUGCUGCUGACUGAGCACAGUGUGAACCAUUGCCCCCAAGUGACUCUCCCUCCUUCCCCAAUGAUUUACUGUCAGAGAAUGUCUCCCUCUCAACCAGGAACGAUGAUUUUCAACGGGUACCAGAUGAUGUCCUUUGGAGAGCCCAAUAUUCCCGGGAUGGCCAUGAACCUCAGUGGGAAUCUGAGCACGCCCCCCAGUGGGCCACCAGUCACUGGCCACCCUAUAGUAUCUUCUAAUAGAGACUUUUUAACACCUGAAAUGUUAUCGCCUGCCCCUGUGCCUUCUGCUGGGGGCCAGGCUGGGUUCCCCUCUUUGGCUCAGAUGUUACCCCCUAGAGAUCCGCACAACUGUGGAAUGCCCCCAGAUGGCUCCCCAUCAUUGCUGACUUUACAAUCCCAGGACUCUUUUGUUAGCCAGCCAGCCCCCCACGAAGACCCCUUCCUACCCGAGCAGCCUAUACCUGCGCCACAAAGAGCAGAGCAGAGUGGUGGGGCCUCAGAAAGGGCUUACAGGACCGGAUCCCAGAUUUUAAAGCCUUACUGCUGCCAGUAUGAGAACUGUGGGAAAGCUUACACCAAGCACUCCCACCUCCUGAGUCACCAACGCAAACACACAGGUGAGAGGCCCUAUAAAUGUCAGUGGGAAGGUUGUACGCGGUCUUUCUUCCGUUCCGAUGAGCUUGGACGACAUGUGCGGAUACACACCAAAUACAGGCCACACACAUGUGAUCUGUGUGGCCGAGGGUUCAUGAGAUCUGACCACCUCAGGCAACACCAAAGGACUCAUUGACGGGUGCCAGGAUCCCCCAAUCCACAGGCCAACGAUGAAGAGAGAGCUGGUCCUCCUGCUCCUGGUCUUUAG